UUUUUUUCCAUGUAAAUAUUCCUCAUUUCCAUUUCUUCUUUCCUCUCCCUCUCUAUUCUGGGAACCUCGGAAGAUUGGACCGGCAACCAGCCCUUUCCGCGACACCCUUCAAGCCAGCAGUUCCCCUUGAACACAUUCAUAUAAUAUCCCAAAAGUAGUCAUUGCUACUUGAAAACUAUAUUCUAACCCGAUUUUCAUUUUUGAGUGGGGAUUUUUAUUUUUGUCACCGCUGUCAUUCAAACGUGGGGGAAAAUGUGCUUUUGUGAUUCUAAUAAUUUGAGCUAAUUAUAUUAUAUAUUGUAAUUAUCUCAUGAUUAGGUGAACGUUAAUGUUUGUGGAUAAGACAGGGCAACGAACAAGUUUGAGGGUCGGUGUUCCAUCACCUUCAUGAUUAAAUAUUUCGUUUCAUCACAGCUUUAAAUCGUUAAUUGGUUUUCCCCUAUUUUACAGAAAAGGAGGAAAUGGCUUUUAAUGAACAACAAAUCAAUCAGCGAACUUUCUUCAACCUUCUUCACUUUUCAUUUGGACUUUAUAACAAACAUUCUACUGGUGAGUAGGAAAUACAUCUACAUUGCAUCUGUUGCACACUUGUAAACGGAGGACUGUGAUAUCUAAGACAAGAAAUUGAACCACAAUAAAUUACGUCUAUUAAGAAUUCUUCAAGAAUUAAUAUGGAGAACGUGAAUCACUUGGACACUUGUAAAACAACUGUUUUUAGCAAUAUAGAUACAGUUACACAAAUAGAAAGAGAUGAAAAACCUGUACUUGGCGAAACAUUUACUAAGGAAAGAUCGUUACAAGGAAAUAUUGUUGAAUAUGAAUGUGAUAUUUGUAGAAAAACUUUCUUUACAGAACAUGAAGUCUUCACACACAAAGAAAUACACAAAAUUGCGGAACCCUUCCACUGUGAAAUAUGCGGGAAACCUUUUGUUAAUCGUAGUAAUUUAACAAUACAUAAAAAGCUUCAUGCUGGAGAGAGACCCUAUCAUUGUGAGGUGUGCGAAAAAUAUUUCGUCUCUAAUUGUGAUUUAGAAAGACACAAACGGAUACAUACUGGGGAGAAACCAUAUCACUGUGAAAUCUGCGGGAAAUCCUUCUCCGAUAAUUCUAAUCUUGUUGCUCACCGGAAAAUACACGCUGGAGUAAAACCGUUUGAAUGUGAAAUCUGUGGUAAAUGUUUUAUCUUUAAAAAUGAUUUAAACAGACACAAACGAAUCCACACGGGAGAAAAGCCUUAUCCUUGUGAAGUUUGUGGGAAAUCAUUCUCGGACAAUUCUAACCUCGUAGCUCACCGGAAAAUACACACGGGAGAAAAACCGUUCGAAUGUGAAAUCUGUGGGAAAACUUUUGCCUCUAAAAGAGAUCUAAACAAACAUAGGAGAGUCCACAGUGGGGAGAAGCCUUACCGUUGUGAUACCUGUGGAGAAUCGUUCUCGGAUAAUUCUAAUCUUGUACGUCACCAAAGAAUACACAGGGGGGAAAAGCUGUUUGACUGUGAAGUGUGUGGGAAAUGUUUUGUUUGUAACAGUGAUUUGACCAUACACAAACGGGUUCAUACGGGAGAGAAACCAUACCAUUGCGAGACUUGUGGGAACUGCUUUAUCACCAGCGGUCACUUAAAACGACACCAAGGGGUACAUAGUGGACAGAAAAACUUCCAAUGUAAGAUAUGCGAGAAAACUUUCACUCGAAAUUAUCAUCUUCUUAUUCAUGUACGUAGUCAUACUGGUGAGAAACCAUUCCACUGUGAAAUCUGUGGGAAGGCCUUCACUCUGAAUUCUAAGCUCAAUAUCCACAGAUGUACUCAUACUGGUGAGAAACCAUUCCACUGCGAAAUCUGCGGCAAAUCCUUUCUUGAUACCAGUAAUUUGAACAGGCACAAAACCAUACACACGGGUGAGAAACCGUAUCUUUGUGAAGUCUGUGGGAAAUCUUUUGCUAUUACAUCUCAUCUUAUUAGUCACAAACGUUGUCACAGCGGAGAAAGAUCGUUUCAUUGCGGAACUUGUGGGAAAUCUUUCUUCACAAAUUCCAGUCUUGUAAUUCACAAUCGUAGCCACACUGGAGAGAAGCCAUUUCAUUGUGACAUAUGUGGCAAAUCCUAUUCUGUUAGUUCCAGCCUUGUUACCCAUCUACGAAGUCACACCGGAGAAAAGCCAUAUCACUGUGAAAUCUGUGGGAAAUGCUUCAUCACUGGAAGUCUUUUGAAGAGACAUAACCUUACACACACCGGAUAGAAGCAACCGAGCACCCCAAGGAUAAUUUGUAUAUAUUUAUCUAUAUAUAUAUACUCUUUUACUUGUUUCAGUCAUGUGACUGUGGCCAUGCUGGAGCACCACCUUUAGUCGAGCAAAUUGACCCCAAGACUUAUUCUUUGUAA